CCCGUUUAGGCGUUUUUCACACAGGGACCGACCCGGCGGCCACUGGCAGAGACACAACGACACGGACUCCCACAACACAUUUAGGAUUUUAACCCGCUUUAGUGUAAAUUAAAUAUUUAAGAGGCAAAUAUGGCAACUGAAAACAUGGAAAUGAACGGAGAUGCAGACGGGGAGAACGGAGGAGAGCUUCCACACCUUAGGGGCAGGAAUGACAGGGCGACAAGGGGUGCUCUGAACAUGAACCACUACGCCAAUAAGAAGAGUGCAGCAGAGAGCAUGCUGGACGUGGCAUUACUCAUGGCCAACGCCUCCCAGCUGAAGGCUGUCCUGGAGCAGGGCCCAGGUUUCACCUUCUACAAACCUCUCAUCACCCUCAUCUCGAUCUCCCUCAUCCUGCAGGUCACAGUGGGCAUCCUGCUCAUCUUCAUCGUAAAGUGGAACGUGAAUGAUGAGAGCAUGCACUUCAAGCUGAACAUUAUGGAGAAUGUCACCACAGCACUCGUCUUCAUCAUUGUUGUAGUCAAUGUCUUCAUCACAGCAUUUGGCGUCCAGAAGCCCAACACCAACUCCUAACUGCCCUCUCUCCUUACCCAUGGUCAUCAGCUAGUACACAGGCCAGAGAAUUUCAGGGAUCCAGUCUUCCAUAGGCCUCAAGCCACCAGGUUCUCUGUUACGUCAAAGACAAUGGAUAGAUCAACUCUACAGGACUCACACUGGCCUUUCAUAUCCACAGCCAGUCAACAUUUCAGAUUUCAGAUUACAAACUCAGAGUUGACCAUCUUUGUCUUUGGCUUUCCAUAUGAAUUUCUCAGGAUCUCAAUCACAUUCUCAGUUGCAUUAUCAAGAUCAGAAUUUGUCAACUUUGUCUUCCCCUGGUCAUUUACCCUAUUUCAUGAUGUUACGUCACACACUUCAUCAGUUGCUAUUUACAUGCUGUGAGAACAUUACAUUGUUCAAAUUAACAAUGGCGUUCAUUUAUUGCCUUUUCAAAUAUCAAAUCACAUUUAUUUAUAUAGCCCUUCGUACAUCAGCUGAUAUCUCAAAGUGCUGCACAGAAACCCAGCCUAAAACCCCAAACAGCCAGCAAUGCAGGUGUUGAAGCACGUUGGCUAGGAAAAACUCCAUAGAAAGGUCAAAACCUAGGAAGAAACCUAGAGAGGAACCAGGCUAUGAGGGGUGGCCAGUCCUCUUCUGGCUGUGCUGGGUGGAGAUUAUAACAGAACAUGGCCAAGAUGUUCAAAUGUUCAUAAAUGACCAACAUGGUAAAAUAAUAGGUCUGGGACAGGUAGCAUGUCCGGUGAACAGGUCAGGAUUCCAUAGCUGCAGGCAGAACAGUUGAAGCUGGAGCAGCAGCACGGCCAGGUGGACUGGAGACAGCAAGGAGUCAUCAUUCCAGGUAGUCCUGAGGCAUGGUCCUAGUGCUCAGGUCCUCCGAGAGAAAGAAAAAAUUAGAGAGAGCAUACUUAAAUUCACACAGGACACCGGAUAAGACAGGAGAAGUACUCCAGAUAUAACAAACUGACCCUAGCCCCCCGACACAUAAACUACUGCAGCAUAAAUACUGGAGGCUGAGACAGGAGGGGUCAGGAGACACUGUGGCACCAUCUGAUGAUACCUCCGGACAGGGCCAAACAGGAAGGAUAUAACCCCACCCACUUUGCCAAAGCACAACCCCCACACCACUAGAGGGAUAUCUUCAACCACCAACUUACAAGCAUCUCUGUUUUGUCUGAGUUUAAAAGUAGAAAGUUUGCAGCCAUCCACUUCCUUAUGUCUGAAACACAGGCUUCUAGUGAGGGCAAUUUUGGGGCUUCACCAUGUUUCAUUGAAAUGUACAGCUGUGUGUCAUCCGCAUAGCAGUGAAAGUUAUAUGAUCUACAGGGUUAUUUUAUACAUAUCCCAGAGCCGCUGUCGUGGUGACUUUGUUCUAGAAAUACUUGAUGUACACACCCAGCUGCUGCGCACGCGUGCAAGAGUCUUCAUUCUACUUUUGCUCUGUACAAAAACAAGUAUUUCUAUAUUUUUACCACCCUAGCUAAAACCCAAAGCACAGCUGUCUUAACUGCUAUCGUUAAUGCAGUAGAGGUUUGCAGAUGUUUUUGGACUUCAGCUUAUCUGGGUGUGCUGUAAACGCAGUGGUGAAAAGUACUUAAUAAAAAAAAUACUUUAUAAAGUAAUACUUAAAUCGUUUUUUGGGGUAUCUGUACAUUACUAUUUAUAUUUUUGACAACUUUUACUUCACUACAAUCCUAAAGAAAAUAACGUACUUUUUACUCCAUACAUUUUCCCUGACAUCCAAAAGUACUCAUUAUAUUGUGAAUGCUUAGUAGGACAGAAAAUGAUCAAAUUCACACACUUAUCAAAAGAACAACCCUAAUCAUCCCUACUGCCUCUGAUCUGGCGGAGUCACUAAACACAAAUACUUAAUUUGUAAAUGAUGUCCGAGUGUUGGUGUGCCCCUGGCUAUCCGUAAAUUAAAAACAGAAAAUUGUG